GCCGCCCACAAAUCUCGCGGCUACGACUCCGAGGCGGCACGCCAAUAUAUCCGUGAGAAGUUCAUCGAGGCGAAUGCAGAUGGGAUGACUCCGUAUGACUGGCAGGUCGACGUCACAGAAGCGACGAAACUCGGGUUAGACUGCAUAGUUAUCGCAGGGACUGGCGCGGGG